AUGAGUGUGGAGACUUUUAAGGAUAACCAGGCAGUACACCUGGAGGUUUCCCCAAAGGUCACCCUUCAAGCUGCACGCUUUGAAGGACUGACUGUGGAGGACGAAAAAGUCCUUGAGAAGAAACUGGUUCGCAAGAUCUAUCUGCACCUCGUCUCCUCACACUGUCUCCUUUUCAUCUUCAACAUCCUCGAUCGCUCCAACAUCGCCAAUGCGCGGCUUGGAGGUAUGCAGAGCGAUCUAGGUCUCAGCGACACCCAAUACCAGACUGCUGUAGCUAUCAUGUUUAUGGGCUACCUAUUGGGCCAAGUACCAAGCAACAUUAUCCUCACGCGCGUGAAACCAUCCUGCUACGUCCCAGUUGCCAUCUUCAUCUGGGGCAGUAUUUCCAUGUGUGCCGCUGCUACCCAUAACUUUGCUGGUAUCAUGGUUGUGCGAGUGCUGCUGGGCUUUGCAGAGUCGCCUUUCUUUGCUGGAGCGCUUCUGCUGAUUGGUUCCUGGUAUAAACCCCAGGAGAUCGCACCGCGAGUGGCAGUAAUGUACUGCGGUAAUACAAUCGCCAAUGGCUUUGGCGGCAUGCUGGCAGCUGGGAUUCUGAGUGGUCUCGAUGGAGUCAGUGGUCUGGCCGGAUGGAGAUGGCUACUUAUCAUUGAGGGAGCAGGCACUAUCGUCGCUGGUUUUCUGGCGGUCAGGCUCCUGCCCGAUUUCCCGGGAUCUGGAAAGCACGAGUGGCUCUCCGAUCAAGAACAGCGAUUUGCACAGUGGCGUCUGGCGCAGGGAGUCAACUCAGAGAUCGACGAGGACGGCUCCAUCAAGGAAGGCCUAAUCGACGCCUUUACGGACCCCAAGACGUGGGUUCUGGUCAGUAUUCAGAUCUGCCAGCUCACAUCGCAAACAUGGACGUAUUUCUUCCCUUCAAUUGUCAAAACCCUCGGGUUCAACAACAUCGUAACGCUCCUCAUCACGGCCCCAGUCUACGUCUUCGGCUUCAUCACUUCCCUCGGCAACUCCUUUAUCGCCACAUACACGAACAAGCGCGCCAUUCUCAUCGUCUGGCCUUUGAUGGUAAAUAUCGUCGGUAACGUCAUGGUUAUUUGCACGCACAGCACGGCGCCCCGCUACGUGGGCAUGUUCCUCAUGUGUGCUGGCUCGUACUCUGCCUUCAACGUGGUCCAGGCGUGGAUUGCGAGCACUGUGCCGCGCACUCGCACCAAGCGCGCCGUCGUCUACGCCUUGGUCAACCUGUUCGGCAAUUCGUCCAAUAUCUACGGCUCGUACUUCUUUCCCAGCUCGGAUGCGCCGCAGUACCGCAUGGGUGGGAUCAUUCUUUCUUCGUUUGCCGCGGGCGGUAUUGUGCUGGCUGUUUCUUUGGGUUUCUGGCUGCGCCAUUUAAAUAUCCAGGUUGCUCGGGAGGAAGAGCGGGAUGGACAACCUCGUUAUAAGUAUCUCUGGUAG